GCAGGGAGGGCGUCCAUGGCUGCAGCCAAUAAGGGCAAUAAGCCCAGAGUCUGGAGUAUCCACUUUGCAGCAGGCCAUGAUGUCGAAGGCUCCCAGAGCCAUGUCCACUUUGAUGAGAAGCUACAUGACUCAGUGGUCAUGGUCAACCAGGAGGGUGACAGCAGCUUUCUGGUCAAGGUUGGCUUCCUGAAGAUCCUGCACAGGUAUGAGAUUACCUUCACCCUGCCCCCAGUGCGCAGGCUGAGCAAGGACAUCCGGGAGGCACCUGUUCCCAGCCUUCACCUCAAGCUCCUCAGCAUCAUGCCCAUCCCUGAAGGUGUGUCCCUUCCUGGAGUUCUGGAGGCCUGCCCUCCUCCCGUAGGUCCCAGAUGUGAGUGA